AUGGGCAGAAAUCAAAUUUGGUGCGACAUCGAUGAUAUAUUAAUCGAAGAAGAUGUGUCUGUCAAUUGGUGGAAUCUUUCUCCAACAUCAUAUCUUGGUAUCAUUGUUCAUCUCACUAAAACAAAUGAAAUCGACUUACUACGAAUAUCACUUGCUCAGUUAUCAUUUCUACUAUCAAAUAAUCCACGACCAGUUGCUAUUUUUCAUGAAGGUGAUUUUGAUAAUAACCAAACUUCACAAUCUUUGGCACAAACACUUGGUCCUCAUACACCGUUAGCUUUUGAAAGAAUCGAUUUUUCUAAUAAAUCAGUUGGACCUCCUCCAGUUGAUCCUAUUACAUUUUCUCGUGGUUAUUCUGAUAUGUGUCGUCUUUUCACUCUCCUGCUCUCAAAUCAUCUCCUCUCGUCAAGUAAUAA